CAUUAAUCCCAUGGUUUCACCACGAGCGCUGUGACGCGACGCCGCUGGGGCGGGAGGCAUUUUGUUUUGCUUUUGUGUCCAGGUUUCCGUCACCAUGAACCGGCUGUUUGGAAAAGCAAAGCCCAAAGCGCCUCCGCCGAACCUGACGGACUGCAUCGGCAAUGUUGAUGGAAGAGCAGAAUCCAUUGAUAAGAAAAUUGCCAGGCUUGAUGUUGAGUUAGCCAAAUACAAAGAGCAGAUGAAGAAAAUGAGAGAGGGUGCGUCAAAGAACAUGGUAAAGCAAAAAGCAAUGCGAGUUUUAAAGCAGAAGAGAAUGUACGAACAACAGAGGGACAACCUGAUGCAGCAGUCAUUUAACAUGGAGCAGGCCAACUAUACUAUUCAAUCAUUGAAAGACACAAAGACUACGGUGGAUGCAAUGAAAACUGGUGUCAAAGAAAUGAAGAAAGCUUACAAACAAGUCAAAAUUGAUCAGAUUGAGAAUUUGCAAGAUCAAUUAGAAGACAUGAUGGAAGAAGCAAAUGAUGUGCAAGAAGCUUUGAGUCGUAGUUAUGGAACACCAGAAAUUGAUGAGGAUGAUCUGGAAGCAGAGCUGGAUGCUCUAGGUGAUGAACUUCUAGCUGAUGAAGACUCGUCCUAUUUAGAUGAGGCUGCAUCUGCACCAUCUAUUCCUGAAGGUGUUCCAAGUGACGCUAAAACUAACAAGGAUGGUGUAUUAGUGGACGAAUUUGGAUUGCCACAGAUUCCUGCAACUUAACACAGGUUCUCAAGCAAAUUUAUAAUCAAGAUGUUAUUUGUACAUAAUUGGCCAUUUCUCAAGGUUGUUUCAAAAUCAAAAAAUUAAUUACUUUCACUGCAUUACGGAAUAAAGCAUGGAAACAUCUUAUAUCAUUGUGGGCUUUUAAGUUUCUAUUUAAUUUCUUUUAAAUAAUAUGUAAGAAAUGCCAUGUAGAAUUGACCCCUUACUGUCUGUGUACUUUCAAUGAUUAAUUGCAUUUGUGUACUAAUUUGCUUGCAAAGGAUGCUGAGCAUGAUAAUACAGAAAAGUGGCUUGUGGAAAUUGUUGUGUGGGAUCCAAUUCAACUAACUUUAAUAAACGCUACAGAAUCAGGUAUUUAAGCUCUGUAAAUCAUUUUCCCCUUUUAUUAUUGCAAUAAAUAAUUAUUUUUGGA